AUGACAAGCCGCCAGCGAAAAAAAAACGAUACUCCCCGUUUCUCUUCUAUCGAGGUGGAUAGGGCGGGACAACCAUGUGUCAAGAGAAGACUGGGGCGUCUAGUCUAG